AUGGCAACGCAAGACCGCGUAAAGCAAGUCUCCUCCCACCUCACCUUCCUUUUCAGGGACUCUUUCAUAACCAAACAGUCAUUUUCACAGGUGCAGGUCAAGACAUUGGCGCUGAAGCAGAAUCCUUAUUUGCCAAAUGAAGUUGCCAAGAGGAAUAACAAAGGAAACAGUAAAAGUAGAGUUGUCAAAUCUAUCAAUAACAUCUCACCUAACCACACAAUCGCCGUUUUAGGCAAUGCUAUGGAUGCGACUUAUAUCGAUACAUUGGUGAAAAGUUUUGCUGAAUUCGACGGUGGGAAGAUUUAUGUCAUUGUUAAUAGUGCCAGAUUUACAUGGGACGGUGUUAUUCACAACGUUCAACCCUUGAACAGUAAGCAACUGUUGCUUAAGAAUACUGAUGUUGGGAGACAGAUCAACGAUAAAGACUAG